AUGAAAUUGGGCCAACUGUCGCCCACCAAGGGCUUCCUGGCACCGCCAAAGCCUUUCCAGAGUGCGGACGACAAAAACUCGCGCUCCAGGUCGUCAAGUUUUUCGCGGAUUUUCUCAUCCAGUGAUAGCUCUCCACGCAGAAAAGGACCCCCUCUAGAAGAAAUAUCGACAGCAGCCAUCCCACCGGAACUGGUGCCGAUUGUAACGCUGCUGUCAGCUCAGGCCCAUCGCCGUUACCAUGAAGGCGUUUUCCUAAUUCUGAAAGAUCUGAAUAGCGACGGCUCGCCAGCUGCUCGAACCUGGAAAGAAGUGUACGGUGUGCUUAUCGGCACACAACUGGCUGUGUGGGAUGCACGCGUUUUGGCUGAAAACGGGGGUGAUUCGGAUGAGCUUUUGAAGGCUACGUCCAAGCCCACGUACAUAAAUUUUACCGAUGCGUCGUUCCGUCCUUUGGACCCGAAAGACGCGGUGGUUGGAGAUGGCAAAAAACAGCUCAAGCACACGAUAGUGGCAUCUACAACACUCAAGAAUAGGUAUUUCCUGCAGUUCAGUGACGCCGAUGCUUUCGCCCUGUGGCACUCUUCGCUGAGGCUGAGUGCUUUUGAAUUCACAGCUUUGCAAGAAGCCUACACGGGCGCUUUCCUGUCCACCAAAGGUGCUAAAUUGGGUGACAUCAGAGUUAUCCUAGCCGACACAAAAUUCAACUAUGAGGAUUGGGUCAGCGUUAGAUUUGGAGCAGGGAUGCCUUGGAAGCGCUGCUACGCGGUGAUUUCUCAGCCCACAAGGAAGAGCAAGACUAAGCGCAUAUGUGGCGAGAUCAAUUUUUAUGAAAACGAAAAGAAGACCAAAAAGAAUCAGAUCAUGACUACUGUUAGCGAUGCCUGUGCUGUAUAUGCCAUCUAUCCAUCGUCUCCCAUGCUUAUUGAUACAUCAACGAUGAUCAAGUUAGAGGGACGUGUGUCAUUUGGGAAAAAAGAUACGCCGAAGGAUACAGACAUUUUUAUCAUGCCAGAGAAGCACUACGCUGUGCCCGGUUACGAUACAAUCAUCAGAUUCUUGAUACCCACUAUGAACGCGUUUCAGCUGUAUGGUAGACCCAAGCGGCUGAUCGCAGACAGACAUGAUUUGAACUCGUUAUUAUUUGGACUGCCAACUCUGCCCCACGUCCAUUUUCUUCAGAAGGAGGACAUCCUGCCUUUGGCAACUUCGAAAUCCAACAUGACUUUAUCCGUUUUGGAGUGGAGGAAUAAGAUCAAGGAAAUACUUUUAAAGAAAGUCAGUGCUGGUUACACUGGUUGUGGAUCAAGUGAGGGGCUCGAUGGUGCUUUGGCUUCUCCGGCUAUCGGCUCUAAUGAAUUGUUUGAUAGCACUCCUAUACAGACGUCCCCUUUGAUGGCCUCGGUCUCGAGGUUCCCUUCCGACAGUCAACCAACCAAGUCUAGCCUAAGAAACGCCUCGGGCAUGUCAAGAGGUGCUGAAUACAAUAAAUCGCAGGAUAACGUUUCAUCCAUUUACACAGGUGGAAACAAGUCACCUCACAAAUCUGUCGAGGGUUUUGAGAUAUCCACAGCAAAACCGCAGACUCCAGAAAGAGUUGAGAAAAUGAAAAAAAUGGCGCCCACUAUUGAAAUUCAGCAAUCAAAUUUUGAGGAUUUUGAAAGGACAAUCAAGCCUCACACCUUGGAUGCCACGGUCAGAAAAUCUGAGCUAUCGACAAUAUACGACAAGUACGCGCAGGUGCCGUUUGGGACCUCGGAUCACAGUCUUCCGCCCUCGAACUUUGGCGAUACAGCUGAUUCCGCAGGAGCCUACGAAAAUUAUACUGGCUCACCUAGAGUCAAAAACCUAGACAUUUCUAACCUUCGGGACUCUAACAGUACAGAUCAAACUGACUUGUCUAGAGCAUUUCAUGGUGAAACUGGUAGAACCAGCAAUGCUAAUAGCUUCUACUCUGACGGGAUAAACUCGCAGGCGGAAAACUCAGUUCACGACGAUGUUUUAGAAGACUUUUACAGCUUGUCUCAGCAAAUAUCUCAAAUGGGGCUGGAGAACAAGAGCGCGGUCAAUGUUGGUGCUAGUACGGGCAAGAGUGGGGAAGACGACUUCAAUUUUGAAGCCGCUAGCGGCAACAAUUCACUGGAUAACGUUUUUGAUCCGGACUACCUGGAACAAAACCAAAUGCUGGACAAUGAAAGUGAGUACACCAGUAAUGAAAGUAAGUUCCGCUAUGGGGCUGGUAAUCCUAGCCAGCAAUCUCUUACUGUGUCUGAAGACAGGAGAGGUAUUUCGCCUCCUAUUCAUGGACAACAGCCCACGGCUGGAGUCCAAUCCCUGAAUAUUCCAAAGCAAAGAGCCAACCAACAAAAUGUAACUCCGACUUCACAGAGGUUCCAUGCUCAAGAUGGAGUCACAAGCCAAGCAACUGUUGGAUCCGCUCCCGGAUCUAGUGAAAAGACAAUGAACAUGAAACACUCUCCUGGGUACGCCAACCUAAACGCUGUGGGCUCCAACAAGAACGCUGCGUCCCCUCAGCAUGGAAAGCACCCCGUGCCCAUGGCCGCGGGUAGUCCUGGACCUUAUCGCCGCCCUGUUCCGCGUGGAGCACCCAUGGGUAUGUCUCAGCAAAUGCCAAUGUCUCAGCAAAUGCCAAUUACUCAACAAGUUCCAAUUUCGCACCAAAUGCCGAUGUCCAUGCCGAAUCCAAAGUCUUUUGCUCACCCUUCGGCUGCCGGCAACUAUGGUCCAAGAGCAUACUCUCCCGCCCCCGCCCCUCAUGCUGGCAUGACCGGACCCUACGGCCGGCAGGUUCCAGUCAAUGCUGGGGGCAUGCCUCCUCCUGGCUCUCAGCCCGUCUAUGCUAGAGGACCGGUGUAUGGUCAACCUCCUUCGCACAUUAAACCAGUGCGCCCUCCUGCUCAACAAGCUCCACCCUCGAGACCACCAGCUCAGAAACCUCGUGCGCCCAUGGCAGGUGGUUUUUCUCAAUUUAUGCCAACAACAGCGAACAAUCCCAACCCCUACAGCACCAAUCCGUACCAGUAG